AUGACUGUUGUAUCCCGUGAGAACCAGGACGAGACUGUGGUAGUCCCUCCCCUGUACCCAGAUGAUUGCGACGUGGAGCGGGGCGAUCAGGAGUGUAGCGAGAGGGUCGUCAUCAACAUCUCCGGGCUGCGCUUCGAAACUCAACUGAAGACCCUCUCGCGCUUUCCCUCUACGCUAUUGGGAGACCCACGUAAAAGGAUGCGCUUCUUCGAUCCGUUGAGAAAUGAGUACUUUUUCGACAGGAAUAGACCCAGCUUUGAUGCCAUCCUUUAUUAUUACCAGUCUGGAGGAAGGCUUAGGAGACCUGUCAACGUUACCAUGGACAUUUUCAUGGAAGAAAUCAAAUUUUAUGAAAUCGAAGAGGAGACCAUAGAGAUGUUCAAAGAAGAUGAAGGUAUGAUCAGAGAGGUGGAACGUCCGAUGCCUGACAACGACUUUCAGCGCCAGAUGUGGUUGUUGUUUGAGUACCCCGACAGCUCGGGGCCUGCCCGGAUGAUCGCUGUUGUAUCAGUCAGUGUGAUUUUGAUAUCCAUAUUGAUCUUCUGUUUGGAGACUUUGCCACGGUUCAGGGAAGAUCACAGCACAGACAUAGAACUCAGUAAUCACCUCACCACGAAUGGGACUACUCGCCACAAAAAAAUUAAUCCGUUGACAGACCCGUUUUUUAUGGUUGAGUCACUUUGCAUCGUAUGGUUUUCCUUUGAAUUUCUCAUGAGGUUUUUAUCGAGCCCCAGCAAACCGGCUUUCUUCAAAAACGCAAUGAACGUCAUUGACAUAUUAGCGAUUGCUCCUUAUUUCAUCACCCUUGGACUUGAACUCGCAGAGCUACAGGGAGCGGGGAGCGAGCAGGCCACGUCGUUAGCGAUACUCAGAGUCAUCCGUUUGGUUCGAGUCUUCAGGAUUUUCAAACUUUCCAGGCACUCCAAGGGUCUCCAAAUCUUGGGCCAGACACUCAACGCCAGUAUCAGUGAACUAGGUCUUUUGAUAUUCUUUCUUCUCAUCGGGGUUAUCCUGUUCUCCAGCGCUGCUUACUUUGCAGAGACAGACGACCCUGAAUCCGGAUUCACGAGUAUCCCCGCCGCAUUUUGGUGGGCGGUAGUGUCCAUGACAACGGUUGGAUAUGGAGACAUGUGCCCGGUUACUGUUGGCGGCAAAAUAGUGGGAUCUAUGUGUGCCAUCGCCGGAGUGCUGACCAUAGCCCUACCUGUCCCUGUCAUUGUUUCCAAUUUUAAUUACUUUUAUCACAGAGAACGCAAUGAUGAGGACACCGCCGUGUAUACUCACGUGACUUGUGGCCAACAGAAUACUUCAUUUGGCGAAUUCAAAUCGACCAGCGACAGCAAACAGUCCCUCGCCAAAUCAGAGUACAUUGAAGAUGAUUCUUUCGAGACUAUCAGAUUUACUAACUUCAGCCCGUUUGAACAUUACACUGGCAAGCUGACAGAUGUAUGA